AUGCCAGCGAUCGAUAAGAAAACCAUCGCCAUUGUAGGCGCAACGGGAAAACAAGGCGGUAGUGUCGCAAAGUCUUUCCUCUCCGCUGCCCAGUCUUCACGGUGGCACGUUCGCUGUCUCACGCGGAAACCUUCGUCCGAAGCUGCCAAAGGCCUUGCUGCUCUCGGGGCGGAAAUCGUCCAAGCCGACCUCUCCUCAGUACCGAGCCUUAUCUCAGGUUUCGCAUCGGCUCACGCCGUCUUCGUGAACACAAACUAUUGGGAAGUGUAUCGUGGUGCUCUGGCCGCCGGGAAGAGCGACGAUGAGGCCUCGCAACUGGCGUACAACAGCGAGAUUACCUGGGGCAAAAACGCAGCCACAGCAGCCGCACAGAUACCUGAACUCGAGAGAUUCGUAUACUCUGCCUUCGGCUCGAUGAAGGUCGCUUCUGGUGGCAAGUACGCUCGCUGCCACCAUUUUGAAACUAAGGGCGUGGUCGUCGCAUACAUCUCGACUGAUCUGCCCCAACUCGCGGCCAAAGCAAGUUACAUCUACGCGUCUUCGUAUUCCGACAAUCCUUUGUUGUACCCGCACAGGGUGCCUUUCGGAACACCGUGGAUCGUGUGGCUUGUCUCAAAACUCCCGUUUCUUGUUCGGUGCUUGCCCAACCCUCCUGCGCCCCACGAAAAACCCCAAGCAAAGAAGGCGUCUGAAGGUGGGCAAUAUCUCAUGGUUCUUCCAGCAAAAAUGUCGAGGAAAAUUCCGGUUUUCAUACCACACAUGUCCACGGGUGGGUAUGUACGUUGUCUCGUGGAGGAUGAACCAGCAGGUACAAAACUUUUGGCGGUCGAUUGGUGGAUUGGGCUCGAAGAGGGUAUGAAAACUUGGGAGAAGGUGACAGGGCGAAAGGCCUAUUUUGUGGAGGUCACUGUGGAGCUACUCUGCCGUAUGACAGGCUUAAAGGAAGAGGUGGUCGAUGGUGGUGCUUAUUUGGCCGAGUUUCCUUACAUGUGUGAGGUGACAGACUAUAUCGAGCCAAGCGGACUGAGGAACCCACCGCCUCCAGUCAUGAGCUUUGAGGACUACUUGAGAAGUAGGAACUUGCAGGAACUGCUUGCAUAG